AUGGAGCGGUUUCUGAUUCGAAAAUUCGCGACGGCUUCGUCGUCCCAAGACGAGACGACGACGAAGAAGCAAAAGACGAACGAGAAGUGUGUAAAAUGGCACGCACUUCACGCCUCGUUACUCCUCCGCGUGGAUCAUUCCUGCCCGAACAAAAACGCGAGCAAAAUCGCGUGUUUUGAUCUCGACGAAACGUUGCAAAAGACGAAAUCCGGCAAGAAACCGUUCAUGACGCACGAGAACGACUUUACGUUUCGAGACCAAUCGGUGAGAACCGCGUUGAAUUUGUUACACGAGAAUGGGUAUAAGAUUGUGAUUUUUUCGAAUCAAGGGAUGGUGAAAAGCGCGGUGGAUGGGAAGAAAGCGGAACAGAUUCGGAAACGGGUUGAGAUUUUCGCGGGUGAGGUACGUGCGUUUGUGUUGUCGCUUCUUGGUCUUCGCUUCGUUCUUCGCGAGCGUUUUUUGUUCGUUUCUUACUCCUUUCAUCGCGCUGACUUUUGA